UAGCAGCUAGCAGCAGCAGCGCUGCUUCUCCGCCGUGGACGCGCGCCCUUGCCCGGCCACCGACGCAGGCUGCGCCCCGCUCGGGCGGCUCCCCCUCUGCAGAGCGCCCAGAUCGCAGCCUGCCAGACGGGCCAAGGCGACCGGUCUCCCCGAGCCGACGGAGCCGCCUGCAGCCUUGCCCGCUUGCCCCCCGCCUCCGCCCUGCCCUCUCCCCGGAGCCAGGCACCAUGUCCGCGGGAGGAGACUUCGGCAACCCGCUGAGGAAAUUCAAGCUGGUCUUCCUCGGGGAGCAAAGCGUUGGGAAGACGUCGUUGAUCACAAGGUUUAUGUAUGACAGCUUUGACAACACAUACCAGGCUACAAUUGGAAUUGACUUCUUAUCUAAAACCAUGUACUUGGAAGACCGGACAGUGCGGUUGCAGCUCUGGGACACAGCCGGCCAGGAGAGAUUCCGAAGCUUGAUCCCCAGCUACAUUCGAGACUCAACGGUAGCCGUGGUGGUCUAUGACAUCACAAAUCUCAACUCCUUCCAGCAGACAUCCAAAUGGAUUGAUGAUGUCAGAACAGAAAGAGGAAGUGAUGUCAUCAUCAUGUUAGUGGGCAACAAAACAGACCUUGCUGAUAAGAGGCAGAUAACAAUUGAAGAAGGGGAACAGAGAGCUAAAGAACUGAAUGUCAUGUUUAUUGAGACAAGUGCGAAGACAGGAUACAAUGUAAAACAGCUCUUCCGACGCGUCGCCUCUGCUCUGCCAGGGAUGGAGAGUGUCCAAGAGAAGAGCAAAGAAGGGAUGAUUGACAUUAAAUUGGACAAACCACAGGAACCACCACCCAGUGAAGGCGGGUGCUCUUGUUAAUGCAAAGCGCAGGAUUCGUCAGCUCCAUUUGACACCACACGCUUGUUGUGUUGCUUCCUAUUGGUUAGCUUCCUAAUAAUAUGAAUUGAGUUAUUCAAUGGGGAGGAUUUCUUUUCUCUCUGUGUCUCUCUAGGAAAGGGAGGGGGUGGGUGGCAAGGAUCAGACUAUGUGAUUCAACCACUGGUUCUAUUUUCUUUUCUUUCUUUUUUUGGUUUAGUUGUAAUAUAUUGUACUUUAUUAAAAAUGCCAAAACAAUUCAGAAUUUUAAACAAGACACUUUAAUUGUGUGUAUACAACUCUCAGCCAUGGGGACUUAAUAUCCUUUUUUGGGUACUUUUUUUUAAAUUGUAUAUUUGUAAACUUACAGAGAAAACCCCAAGAUUAUACAGGCUGGCUAGUUUCAGUGUUUGACAUAAAUGGUAGACAUAUCCUUGAAGUAAACUAGCCCCCAAUUAGUUGACUGAACACUAACUGUGCCAUUCGCACUCCAAUGAGAGGCAAGCAAAGCAUGCAACCACCGGUGUGCAAUGUAACAGCUGACUAGAUGGCCAUGAAAAGGUGGGAGAGAGAGCUACAACUAGAGAAAUGUUAUUCAUGACAGUGGCAGCGCACCUCCAUAGUUCCCAGAUGCAUAAGGAUCUAUUGCGCAUGCACAGCUUACGAUCAUGCAUCAUGCUAUAUUUUACUAUACCAUGAGAGACAUUCCUUUUUUAGCACUUCUGUGGGUGGAUACUUGUUUUUAAGACCUUCACUUGUGUCGCGUAGCCUAUGUAUGUCAACUUUUUAAACAUCACACUAGCUAGCAUAAGCCACCACACACAUAUACUAUGGCGUGUAUGUGAAACCAAUGGCAUUGCUGUGUAUAUGGAGGGUUGGGCCCAGCAGUAGCCUUUACUUCCUGAAAAGGCCACCUCAGCCAAUGAUAGCUGCUGAUCUGUAGCUAACAUUGGAUUGAAGAAGAAAACACUCAGAUGGUUUUGCCAAAAAAGGGGGGGAGGGGGGAAAUAUGGCAGAAUAAAAUAAAGUUAUCCAAAGGCUCCCUCUAAGCUUAUUGUUACAAGUAGAUUUCUUUAAGGAAGCAACUCAAAAUGAUGGCCAAGAUUGAAUCAGAAACUGUCAAUUGCUGUAACUUCAAAAGGUAAUUCCUUGGGGGUCACCUCACUUUUAGCCAACUGUACUAUUCAUGGUGGUUGAUCAUUAUUAUGAGUGAUGAUAACUUCUGCAUGAGUGAACAAAGAGCAAAAGAGCCUGUCUCUGUAGAAAAGAAGAUUGCCUUGGCAACAAAGAUACGAUAGAUAAUGUAUUUAAUUUUUGUAACAUGUGUAUGCAUGUUUUAUAUUGAUAUAAAACAUACAUUGACACACACACAGCUGUGUGAAGGUGUAUGUCUACACACCCAUGCACAAUAUAGAUGCUUGGUUUCUCCCACUGUUAUAACUUUGCAACCAACAACAGUUGUGGAAAAUUACAGUUGGUGCAGUGUGUGGGUCUAGAAGGUUUUUGUUAUUGUCGGGGAAAAGUGUGAUUUGUCAUGUCUUCAAUAAAUUAAACUCAAGAUA